CGCUCGAGCCGCGCGCGAGCCGCGGACGAUGUCCGACGCCGACGCGAUCGAGCGCGAUGUCCUCGCCGCGAUCGCCCGCGACGGCAUCGCGGACACCGCGUCCGCGAGCGCGCGCCACGGCGUCGAUCAUCAGGCGGUCGUCGGCGUCGUCAAGCGGCUGACGGCGGCGAACAUGGUCGUCGCGCGCGCGAUCGAGCGCUCCAGGACGACGCUGACGGCGGAGGGCGAGCGGUGCGUCGAUGAGGGAUCGCCCGAGGCGCGCGCGUUCGCGUGCGUGCCGGAGGAGGGGAUCGAGCUGGACGCGUUCAGGACGCGCGCGGGACCGGGGGCGGCGGACGUCGGGUUCAAGCAGGCGAUGCAAAGGAAUUGGUUGGCGAUGGUGAAGGGAGCGACGCCGAGGGUGGAGCGACGGGUGGAGACGAUCGAGGAUGACGUGCGGGAGGCGCUGCGAGCGCUGAGGGGUGGAGAAACCGUGGAUGCGAAGACGCUGGAGACGCUGACGAAGAAGCGAAAAUUGGCCAAGGAGGAGCGGUGGAAAGAGUACGAAUUGACGAAGGGGGCGGAGUUCGCGCUCGAGCGCAAGGUGCUGCCGGCGGAUUUGACGAAGGAGAUGAUGAAUGAAGGGUCGUGGAGGGGACAGGCGUUUAAGGCGUAUAAUUUGGUGCCGGGGGCGGGGGCGCAGCCGGCGAGCGGGCACGUGCACCCGUUGCUCAAGGUUCGACAGGCGUUUCGGGAGAUUUUCUUCUCGUUGGGGUUCUCGGAGAUGCCGACGAAUAACUUCGUGGAGAGUGGAUUUUGGAAUUUUGACACGCUGAUUCAACCGCAACAGCACCCGGCGCGAGACGCGCACGACACGUUUUUUAUGAAGACGCCGGCGACGAUGAACUUUGCGCCGGAGGAUUACGUGGAACGCGUGCGUAAGAUGCACGAGACCGGGGGGAACGGUUCGAUCGGUCAUCAGUACGCGUGGAAGCGCGCAGAGGCGGAUAAGAAUAUUCUUCGCACGCACACCACCGCGGUGAGCGCGCGCAUGCUGUACGACAUCGCGCAAACCGGUUUCAAGCCGGCGCGAAUGUUCUCCAUCGAUCGCGUGUUUCGCAACGAAGCCGUCGAUCGCACGCACCUCGCCGAGUUCCACCAAGUCGAGGGUGUUAUUUGCGACAAAGAUCUCACGCUCGGCGAUCUCAUCGGCGUGUUGUAUCAAUUCUUUGAGCGUCUCGGGAUGACGCAGCUUCGAUUCAAGCCCGCGUUCAACCCGUACACCGAGCCUUCAAUGGAAAUUUUCGCCUUCCACCCGAUGCUCGACAAGUGGGUCGAGGUCGGUAACUCCGGGAUGUUUCGUCCGGAGAUGCUCGAGCCGAUGGGUCUGCCCGAGGACGUCAACGUCAUCGCCUGGGGUCUCUCGCUCGAGCGACCGACGAUGAUCAUGUACGGCAUCGACAACAUUCGCGACUUGUUCGGCUCGAAGAUGCAAAUCACGUCGGUGAAGAACAACCCGAUUUGCACGAUUUAAUUAAC